AUGGAGCCUCUUCUCAACGGAUACAAUGCCUUUAUUACCGGUGCCGCCUCAGGCAUCGGCAAGGCCACCGCCCUCCACUUUGCCCGCCACGGCACCGCGGGCCUCGCCAUUGCCGACAUCAACAAGGACGCCCUCGACACGCUCGCCGCCACGCUCGCCCGCGACUUCCCGGCCGUCAAGGUCGUCCCCAUUGUGCUGGACGUGACCAGCGCCGCCGCCGUCAAGGCCGCCGUCGCGCGGACGGUGCAGGAGCUGGGCCGCCUCGACGUCGGCGUCAACAACGCCGGCGCCACGGGCACGACGAGCCUGACGCACGAGCUGCCAGAGGAGUCGUGGGACAGGACGCUGUCGCUGGACCUCAAUGCCGUGUUUUACUGCCAAAAGGAGGAGCUGGCGGUCAUGGUGGACCAAGAGAACCUUGGCCCUCGUCGUGGCCGCGGCGUCAUCAUCAACACGGCGUCGCUAUGGGGUCUGCGCGCGCCCGUCGUUCCGCUGUACCAGACUGCCUAUACGGCUGCCAAGCACGCCGUCGUCGGUCUCACCAAGUCGGACGGCAUCCACUACGGCCCGCACGGCAUCCGCAUCAACGCCGUCUGCCCCGGCUACGUCGAGACGCCGCUCAUCAGCAGCGCGCCCGAGAGCGAGCGGGUGGUUGGCUUCCUGCUCGACAACACGCCCGUCAAGCGCCUCGUCGACCCGGACGAGGUCGCCGACGGCAUCGUCUUUCUGGCGAGCCCGAUGAGCAGCGCCAUGCAGGCGUCGACGCUGUCGCUGGACCUGGGCAUCAGUAGCAGCAGCUGA